AUGCCCUUUAACCUGUCCGCCCUCCCCCGCUUGCCCACCGCAGCAGCAGCGCACGUCGUGUGGGCGCUACAGGAGUUCGGGGGAAAGGUGGCUGUGGCGUGCAGGGGGAGCAGCCGCGUGCAUAUCUGGGGGGAGGUUGGGGGCGCGGGGGACGGGGAGGAUGGGCGGAACAGGGCCAUGGGGGGGAACGGGGGGAACGGGGGGAGUGGGGGGAGUGGGGCCGGCAGGGAGGAGCCAAAUGGGGAGAUGAGGACUAGAGAAGGUGGGCAUGGUGAUACGGAAAUGGGAGGAGGAGGAGGGGGUGGAAGGGGACGAGGGGAUGCGGCUGUCCAAUCAGGAGCAGGCGGAGGGGUUGAGAGUGGUGGUGUUGGUUACAGCAAGAGUGGGAGCGGUGGUAUCCGGUGGAGGCAGGUGGCUGUGGUGGAUGUGGGGAGCAUGCUGCUGACUGCACUGAAUGGAGCUGCUGCUGCUGCUGCUGCUGCUGCUGCUGCUGCUGCAGUCUCUACUGGUGCUGCUGGUGCUGCGUCGUCAUCUGCUGCUGCUGUGUUGGCUCUGGCGUUUGUGCGGAGCACAUUCACUGACCCGCUGCUGCUGGUGAGACUAACUGCACUUGGUGGCAGUGACAUCGGAGGGGCGGAUGGUGGUGCAUCGCUGCACUUUUUAUGUAGCCACCAGCCACUCGAAUAG